UCGGCGACGGAGGGGGCGUUUCUUCCGCAUUCGUUUCUUGUGUUUACACAGUAGUUGUGAACGUGUAUUUUGUCAAGAUGAUUGAUCAGAAAGCACAAAAUAUAAGCUCUAUUCCAAUCGAUGCAUUUAGCAAUAUGCGAAUCACAUCAAUAUGGACAUUUCUUAUGUCUAUACAGUGGUCUGAGCCGUGGCUUAUUGGACUUCUGGGGUUCCAUGCUGUCUGUCUCCUUGCAACUCUCCUGACACGUAGAUUCUACAGAGUGCAAAUAUGCCAGUUCCUGGUUAUGGUAUGCAUGGUGUACUGUGCCGAAUAUCUGAACGAGGUGGCAGCCAUGAACUGGAGGUCAUUUUCCAAGUUCCAGUACUUUGACUCAAAUGGGAUGUUCAUAUCUUUGGUCUACUCCAUUCCCCUUCUGCUCAACACAAUCAUCAUUGUUGCGUUGUGGGUGUACAGGACGUUCUCCACCAUGAUAGAGCUGAAGACCCUGCAACUGAAGAGAAAGGCCCGUAGAGAGCAGAACAAGAAGACUGACUAAUCAUUUUCCUCUGGGACCUCCAUUGAGAUCAGUGGGGUGCUGAUGCUGGGAAUCACCUCAACUGGAUCCAUGUUAACUUGGCUAACAUGGUGCCACAUCAGCAUCACAUGGCAAACAUCUGCAUCACAACAUGGUUGGUUCCAGUGCUUCAACUGCCUAAACUUUUUGAAAGGUAGAUCUGUACUGUGUUUGUAUUAAGUACAGUAUGAGAAGAGUGGAGGGGGUGAUCACUAUUGUCUUCCAUCUUUUCAAUGGGUAAAUCUCACACCUGCGUUGCUUAUAUACUUGCCCAAGUUGACUUCCAUCUGCAAAUCAGAACAGACUGGAUGGCUGAAGAAGUAUGGUUGUAGUAAAGUUGCCUUUUUUCAUUAAGUGAAUAUCGUUUGAUGGAAUACAGUGUACAUAUAAAACAUUUAUUAAGGGGACCAAAUAUGUUAUCAAACAUUUAUAACAUUUUUUUCUUCAUAUUAUGUGAUGAGAAGGUAGCCUACUUGUUUUGCACAACAAUGUAAUGCUCAUGGCAAAUAUUGUCGUUAUUUUGCAUGUAGUGAUAAUGGUUAUGGAAAAUAAAAUGUUGUAUUUAGGCAUAAA